GCUAAGCCAGGUUCCUUGCCUUGUGUGGGUUUUUGGGCUUCAUGGAGCAGCAAGGAAGGCCAUGCACCAGCACAGAGCAGGUACAGAUUCUUCAGGGGGGGGCAGUUGCCUGCAGUGAGCCCCACUCCUUUUCCAGCAGGUUCCUGCACCAGAUCCUUCAGCUGAGCUCAGUCAAGUACCUGCUGAAGGUCCUUCGGAAAGCAUCAGCGUGGAUUGGAUUUGUGGUCCCUGUGGACACCAUUAUCAGCAAGGUCUACCCCUUGCAAUCUCCCAGGCCCAGAAGACUUGCCAGGAAGCGCCGGGGGAGACUGAUGUGCUUUGUCCUCUCCAUCAUCCCCAUCAGGAUCCAGAACAUCCUGCGCUACCAGCCAGGGAACUGGGGCCAGAGCAAUGUGCCCAAAGAGAUCCAAGAAGCCCUUAUCAACUCCUCUAACAAAGCAAGCAAGAGGAAGUGGGAUGACCUAGAUCGGGAGGAGGAGGAGUCCUUGCUGGUGGAACUGGAAAGGGACCUGCUAGAAGAUGACUCUGACGAUCUCACAUACAAGCCCUCGGAUGUAGAAACAGAUAGUGAGGAGUAUGAGACCCAGAAUGACACUGAGGCAGACCUGGAGUUUGAAGAGCAGGAUGGGAUUCUUAUGCUGAAGGAGUCCUUGGAUCUCCAGGUGGAGAACAUAAAACCUGCCAAUGUUAAUGAUACCCCAGAGUUGCCAGCUGCAAGCACAGAACCAGGACCAGAGGAUCCAGCUGUGUACAGCAGUGAAGAUGCUCCAACUGUUGAUAGUGGCAAUGGUGAUACCCGGAAGCCACAAACAGAUGUGAGCAGUGGGGAUGGCAGUGGGCAGGAAGCUGAUGCAGACGAUGAUGACAGCAGCAGUUUGUCACACUCUGGGGAUAAGCAGGAAAACUGAUCCAUGGACCUGGACUUCUGCUGUGGCUGCAAGUGCCUGGUUCCCUGGGGCAGCUGUGUCCUGAAGUAAGAUUGUGGAAUGUUAUGUUGAUGGGUUUUGAACUUUAUAAUAAAAUGACCUUAUUUUUCAUGCUAA